GUCCCAGUCUCCUAGAAAGAAACACAGUGGAAACUGAAGGGACUCUCUCUUCCGAGUCUCUCUAUAUCUUCGUGCAUAUAUUUGGUGCUCAGCUAUGAUUAAAAGAGAUUGAUUAAUGCAAAAUAUCUGGUAAAAAGAAGAAAGUUUUGAGCCAUUGAAGAUCGAUAUUCAUUUGGUGUAUUGCAAAUAUGAGCAGAGUCCAGGGAGAAGGCUUGAUUAAUGCGGUGUUUUCUUGGUCUUUAGAAGACGUCAUGAAUAGAAAUUUAUAUAGAGAUAAGGUGUCCCAGUGAAAAUGAUGAAUGUUAGAGGCCUUGCAGACUUGAAGAAGAAGAAACCCUCCAAGGGCCCGAGGGGGACGGACGCCGGUGUCCCAAAACCCGCCGGUGACUUCUUCAAAAAACCGAAGGGGCCGUCGGCGGGCCCAAGCGCUGAUGCUGCUGCUGCCGCCAAAAGGAAGGGCUCGGGCAGAGAUCCCGAGGGCAAGAAGCCCAAGACCGGGGAUGCCGGGAAGAAAUCCCCCUCGGUGAUCAUUGUUGAUGAAGGCCCUGCCCCCGGGCCAGAUGAGGACAUGCAGGUGGCGAAGGUGCCGUCGGGAGUUCAGGGGCCAUCUUCCGAGGUCCUCAUGGUUUCCCUCCCGGCUGGUACGGCCGUGAUGAAUGGUACCGCCGACCCGAGGGCGCUUCUGCGAGGCAUCACCCUCGAGAUUGACAGGGUUGCCCUCGGGGCUGAUGAAGACGAAGCCCUCGAGGACAGGAUCCUCCGGUCUUCCCUUACAACCUGCAUUGCCCUCGGGGAGCAAGCCCGGCGGCUAGAGGAGUGGCGCCUUCGCAAGGCCGAGCAGGAGGCCAAGAUGCGGGAGCUCAUCCGCCAGAAUGCAGACGCUGUGCGGCAGAUGGCCAUGCUGGAGGAGAGCCUUCGGCAAAUGACCCUGCGAGCGGAGGCCGCGGAUCGGGGUAGGGCAGAAGCCGAGAGGUCCGCAGCUGAGGCCUUGGAGAAGGCUGCCAAGGAAGCCGAGGCCGCGAAGGUUGAAGCCGUCGAGAGAGCCCGGGAGGACGCAAUCUCGGGGUUCUUGGUAGGGGGAUGGCGGUCCGAGGAGCACAAGCAAUGGCUGUCCUCGGUCGUCGAGUCCUCGGUCGACGAGUGGUGCGAUGGGCCUGGCGUGGAGUGGGUUUCCCGAAAGGGUAAACAAUACUACGAUGGGGGCGAGUUCUUCACUCAAGCCCUCAUCUAUCGGAGGAUGGCUCGCCACUUGAAGAUCGAGCCAAAGGACUUUGACCCGGCAGCAUACGGACUCCCCCCUGCAGCCAGACAUCCGCGUUCCUCUUCCCCCCGAUGUCGAGAGGCCAGACCUAGAGGACUCUGAGCUCAUGAAGGAAGCCGAGGGCGACGAACCUGAGGCCGACGCAGAAGUGACCUCGAAGCCAUCGGGGGAGGCGGCCCCCGGGAGUAACAUGAGUUGAUAUGUACUUUUUAUCACGUAAACAUACAUUUGUAAUGAUGACAUUAUUUAUCCCUCGGCUUCGGCCUGCUUGUAAUAGUAACAUCGCAAUUACACUUGCUUUCUUUUUGAUGAUUGAAUGAUCGCCUUCGGGCUUUGUAUAUAUGACUUGUUCCCUUCGAUUCCUUUAUUCUUGGAUGUAUGCCUUCGGCAUUUUUGAAUGUAUGUGUUUGUUCCUUUGAAUGUAUGUCUUAGGAUUUAGAAUACUAUCUGAUUGUAGCUAGCCCUUGGGAACCUUCGGUAGUUGGGCACCCUCUGCUGGAUAUGCAACCGAUGGUUCGACAGCAAUUAGGACUUAGAAAUUUUUUUCUAAGUGUAGCACAGCAUGAGGCCUUCGGGCGUUUGUAGUAACCCACCUCCUAGGACUUAGAAAAAUCUCUAAGUGUAGAUUCCCCCUUGAGAGCCUUCGGGAUAUGGCGCCCAUUCCUUAUGUGUGAAUGUUGGACCGAGGGCCCAAUGCACAGGACUUAGAGAUUUUUGCAAGUGUAGUAUGCCAUGUAGCCUUCGGCUACUGUGGAGCCCCACCUGUAAUAUUGAAUAGGCCGGGGGCUAAUUCUUUUAGGACUUAGAAGAUUUCCUUGAGUGUUGAUUCCUUGUGAACUGUAGCCCUCGAUUGAUAGGUAGCCUUCAGCAAUUAGGUCCCUCGAGAUGAGGGCGAAAUAUGUAGGACUUAGAAAAUCUUCUAAGUGUAGAGUUUCCCUUGGGAGCCUUCGGGAGAUGGCAUCCCUUCAUGAUGUAUGAGUAGUUGACCGGGGGGAAAUAUGCAGGACUUAGAAAAAUCUUCUAAGUGCAAAAUCUCCCUUGGGAGCCUUCGGGAAAUGGAAUCCCUCCUUGAUGUAUGGCCUUCGGCUGUCACAUUCCUCUAGCUGCAAUACUAAUUGAGCCCGGGGCCCAUCUUUAGGACAUAGAAAUUUUCUUUGUUUGCAAGUGUUGUUUGUAUUGCAUAGCCUUCGGCCACCAUAUUCCCUUGGCUGUAAUAUUGAUUGGGCCGGGGGCCCAAUCUUUAGGACUUAGAAUUUUUUUCAAGUGCUGCUUC